AUUCUCUCUUUUCUGACGAGCUGUCGUCGUUCGUAGGACGUGAACCUUGUAGUUCGUCUUAAAUCCAAAGUAAUCGCUUUGGAUAUAGAUUUUUUGUAAUAGUAAAUAACAUUAUAAUAUAACAAAAUGCCGCCUAAGUUUGAUCCUAACGAAAUUAAAAUCGUUUGCUUGAGAUGUGUUGGUGGAGAAGUGGGUGCUACAUCAUCUUUGGCUCCUAAAAUUGGUCCACUUGGUCUGUCCCCUAAAAAGGUUGGUGAUGACAUCGCUAAGGCUACUAGUGAGUGGAAGGGUCUGAAGAUCACAGUGCAGUUGAUUGUACAGAACAGACAGGCUCAGAUAUCUGUAGUGCCGUCUGCCGCUGCCCUCAUUAUUAGAGCCUUGAAGGAACCUCCGCGUGACCGCAAGAAGCAAAAGAACAUCAAACACAGUGGCAACAUCACCCUGGAGGAUGUCAUUAGCAUUGCUAAGACCAUGAGACCACGAUCUAUGGCGAGGUAUCUGUCUGGAACAGUCAAAGAAAUCCUUGGAACUGCCCAAUCAGUUGGCUGCACCGUAGAAGGAAGACCCCCUCACGACUUGAUUGUUGAUAUCAAUGAGGGUACACUUACCAUUGAUGAAUAAACAUCAAUUCUGGAAUA